AUGCUGAAAUCGAGAGGCAACCGCCUCUGGAUAUGCAAUAGAUGUAUUCAGCACACGACAAAACCUCCGCAACGGAGAUGGCAAUCUAUCGCUUCCGCAGUCGCUCAAGCAGUCUCCCCAAGCAAUCCAGUCGACCAUGCCGCAAGCUCGAGCCACGAUGAUGCCGUCCUGCGCAAUUUGUUCCACGCUCCCGCCGGAAGAUCUUUUCCCAAAUUCAGCUUGAAGAAGAGCCAGGGUUUAUUCAAGAAUCGAUAUCUCACAAGCCCGAACGGCUUCCACCACUUCGCACAGAAAAACCUCGAGCGAGCCACAAAGAUUGUCCGAAAGGUUCUCAGUGCUUCUUCAAUAGAAGAGUACCAGGCGGUCGUUCGCGAUCUUGACCGGCUCAGCGAUUUAUUAUGCCGUGUGCUCGAUCUCUCGGACUUCGUCCGCAUGACGCACCCGGAUGCUCGGUUUCAAGAAGCCGCUGCCGAUGCCUGGGGUAUGGUUUACCAAUAUAUGAAUCAACUCAAUACCAUGACUGGGUUGAGUGAUCAAUUGAGCCAGGCUUUAUCGAUGCCCGAAGUUACAAAAGUGUGGUCGGAAGAAGAGAGGACAGUUGCUGAACAGCUCAAGUUGGACUUUACGAAAUCGGCAGUCAAUCUACCAAAGGCCUCACGGGACAGAUUCGUGGAUUUGUCUUCACGCAUUAGUGAAAUAGGGUCGGCUUUUGCACAGGGGAUGCAACCGGCGAAAAAGUCAUUGACUUUACCGGCUUACAAGUUUUACGGCCUUUACCCUGGAAUUGCAGCGACUCUCAAAGUUCGACAAAAUAUCGUGCUCCCCACUCUCAGCUCAGACGCGAUAGGAGCGCUCCAGAGCGUACACGAUGAGGAUACUCGUAGAGAGAUAUACCUGGCCCAACGAACGGCGUCCAAAGACACCAUCAUGUAUCUCGAAGCUAUGCUUAAGCUUAGGGGCGAGCUUGCGGAGCUUGCAGGUUUUGAAAGCUAUGGCCAUAUGGCUCUCAAGGACCGUAUGAUGGCCAAGACACCCUCAUCUGUGAUGGAAUUCUUGCUUGCUUUGAGAGAUAACAACACUCCCAUAAUCCAAGCCGAACUACAAGAGCUUAUUGCGAAGAAGCGAGACAGGCUCAACCUCCCAGACGUCCAGCUUCAAGCCUGGGAUAAGGACUUUUAUAUGGAAAAGACCCGAGUCGAUCUAAGAUCCCGACAACGGCGAGAAGACCAACUCAACGCAUUCUUUUCCGUAGGAACAGUGAUACAGGGCUUAUCACGGCUGUUUGAUCGACUGUACGGCAUCCGUCUCGUUCUGCGGGAAACUUUGUCAGGAGAGACUUGGCACCCUGAAGUUAAACGACUUGAUGUUGUUACCGAUAAAGGCGAAUUGAUCGCUGUUCUCUACUGCGAUCUGUUCCAUCGCCCACAAAAGUCAGGCAAUCCCGCUCACUUUACGGUGAGAUGCUCUCGAGAGAUCUUGCCCGAUGAGGUUGCGGAGAUUGCUGCUGACCAGGGCAACGGGCCAAGCUUCGAGUCACCAGAACUGGCAGCUAACGAUGGUAUGGAGGUUUCGACGAAAGACGGGGUGCUAAAGCAACUGCCUACUAUCGCCCUGGUGUGCGAUUUCCUUCCUAGCGAAAAUUCCAAGGAACCAUCCUUGCUCUCUUACCAAUCUGUCGAGACUCUGUUCCACGAAAUGGGACAUGCCAUUCAUUCCAUCCUUGCACGAACCAGCUUUCAAAAUGUCUCUGGUACUCGUUGCGCCACUGAUUUCGCCGAGUUGCCAUCAACGCUCAUGGAGCACUUCGCCGCUGACCCUACUGUUCUGUCCCUGUUUGCGCGCCAUUGGAAGACAGACCGAGCCUUGCCUUACGAGCUUGUUGCUGAGAGGAUCGGCUUGACGAAGCGUUUCGAGGGCAUGGAAACGGAAAACCAAAUCAUACUUGCAAUGGUUGACCAGGCAUACCACUCAUCAAGCAUUGAAAAUGCAGGCUUUGAUACGACCUCUAUCUUUCAUGAUAUCAAGGCUCGCUUUGCCCACGGUCCACGAGAUCCGCCAAGUACCUGCUGGCAGGGCUUCUUUGGCCACUUGCAUAGUUAUGGUAGUACCUACUAUAGCUAUCUCUUUGACCGUGUUCUCGCUGAGCGUGUCUGGCGCAUUGUCUUCAAAGCGGGCGAGAAUGGCGGUGCCAUUAACCGUGAGAACGGAGAGCGGCUGAAAGAGAAUCUCCUAAAAUGGGGAGGUGGCCGAGAUCCUUGGACUUGUUUGUCUGAUACCCUUCAAGAUGAGAGACUCGCACCUGGUGACGAGAAGUCUAUGGCAUUAGUGGGAAGUUGGGGAAUCAAGGAUGACCACCACCCGUGA